UUAAACUCAUUGUGGCGAGUUUCCAUAUGUUCAGUUUACUCGGCCGAACUGAAUCGUACGCUUUGUGGUUCACGCAGGUUUAACACGCGCAAGAGAUCAUUCGCCGCCGAGAAAGUACAUUGCAUCAAGUCAAUUAAUUUGUUGAGUUGAAUUUACUGAGAAGGAGAGCUGCACUUUUGCACUCGUUUGAGCAGCAGUGUGAUGCAGGCAGGAGUCUGUCUGAGACAGGACACUGAGACAACACUACCAGAGCUCACUGAGCAACACAGGAUCAGAAAGAAAGAAGAGGAAUUCAGUGGAUUGGGGUCUGUCCACAUGGCAGAGUCAGAGACAGAGUGUGCUGCACCAGGACUCAACACACUGGAGCCAGAGUGUGUCACAGCACACAGCGUGGGUGGGCGUGGUUUGGCGUCGGCUGCAGAGAGAGUGACAGGAGCGGCUCUCAGAUCCAUCGUCACAGUUGUCAGGCGGAGGUAAUCAGCGCCGAUAAUUGCUAAUUGUUUGAUUGCGCUGAUUGCCUCUGAUUGUUUUCAACAGUGAGCCUGGGGUUUAAAAGGCCGAGGCCAGGAGUCUUCGCGAGAGAGCUGACGACGGAGAAAGAACAGCUCUAUGGUUGUUGAGAGGAAAUACCAACAAAAAAAAACUUCAUUUUGUCAAAGAGCCGGUUGGCUGUAAUAAAAGAGCACGUAAGUGCUGAAAUAAACUGACAGUCUCACGUGAGUGUGUGUUGGAAGGUAGGAGGGGUGGCACUCAUCUUGCCACACUGUGAAUAUGCUGUAUGUCAGGGGUAUAUACUGUAUAUCAAUUUCAAAUUUCCCAAUACAGCCAUUUUGUUGAUCAUAAUUGCUUCUCGCAGACAGGCCAUGUCCGAAUCAGAGCACUUGCCUUCUAUUGAGUAUAGCUAUUGAGAUAACUGGAUGACAAAGUUGUUUACUAGGCAGAUAUUUUUCUCUAAAUGUAGUGUACUUGAAAUCCCAGGAUGAUUUACUUAUUUGCAGGGUUUCACUGAUUGUAUUUGGGAGCGUACUUUUCAGGAAGUAAAAGACCAUUUUGGUCCAAUAUAUAUGACCGCUUACCAUCGGACAGGUAGUGCUUGUUAUUGGUCCACAGCUCCCACGUGCUCUCCGGCCUGUGGGGAUUGUGGCAGAGACUUUCACUGGUCCAGAUGGACGGGUCCGGACUGCUAAAGUGAAGAAGCUGAUGAUGGAGGAUACCUUACUUUGAGCUGAAGGAGUGACCGAAAGGUGGAGCUGCAUGUCUGCACACCUCUGAGCAGCAGUAUGAUGCAGGCAGGAGUCUGUCUGAGACAGGACACUGAGACAACACUACCAGAGCUCACUGAGCAGCACAGGAUCAGACAGAAAGAAGAGGAACUCAGUGGACUGGAGUCUGUCCACAUGGCAGAGUCAGAGACAGAGUGUGCUGCACCAGGACUCAACACACUGGAGCCAGAGUGUGUUACAGCACACAGUGGGGUCAGUGAUGUACACCACACACACAUAUCACUGAUUAAAACAGAAACUUAUCUGGGCUCCACCCACUCUGGGGAUCUUAAGACAGAGAAUUUUGACAGUGCAGAGCUGGGAUAUGUAAACCACCUGCAUACUGACCAAAUCAAAACAGAAGCUGAUGAUGGAGGAUACCUAAAGGUGGACCAUAUUAGUGACUUACAGGAUUUAAAACCUGUUGAUAUGAAAUGUGGUCAAAUCAAGUGUGAAUCCAGUGAAGGUUUAGAGAAUGAUCUCAUGGAUACUGUGAUGACUGGAGCUGUUACUCGCAAAGACCAGACUGAAUCAGGGCAAUGUGCAGGAGAGCCAAACCCAAACUGUAAAAAAGAAGAAAUUCAUGAUUUUCUGACCAGUUGUGGGGACUUAACUCAUCACUGUGACAAAAACAAUGGAAAUAAUCUGAGCAGAAUUGUCCAGAAAAGUACAACCAGUAGCAAAAAAAAUGUGCAUUGUCAUAGAAUGAAUGUGAUGUGUGAACCCAUGAUAAUUAAUUCAAGUGAAAAUCCGAGUGUUUUGAAUUUAUUUAAAAACAAGACAAUUCAUAGAAAUAAAAGGGAUAUUCAUACAGAUGAAAAGCCCUACAAGUGUACACAGUGUGGGAGGUCAUUUUCUCAAAUGUGUUAUUUAAACCGCCACCAGAGAAUUCAUACAGGUGAAAAGCCAUUCAAAUGCAGUCAGUGUGGGAAGUGUUUUAAUUCAAAAUCUUAUACAGAUAUACACCUGAGAAUUCAUACAGGUGAAAAGCCCUACAAAUGUCCUCAUUGUGGGAAGUGUUUUUCCCAAAUAUCUCAUUUACGUAACCACCAGAGAAUUCAUACAGGUGAAAAGCCCUACAAAUGUCCUCAGUGUGGGAAGUGUUUUUCCCAGUUAUCUCAUUUAAAUAGGCAUCAGAGAAUUCAUAUAAUUGAAAAGCCCUACAAGUGUUCUCACUGUGGAAAGUGUUUUUCUUCAAUAUCUUAUUUAAAUACCCAUCGUAGAAUUCAUACAGGUGAAAAGCCCUACAUGUGUUCUCAGUGUGGGAAGUGCUUUUCGAUUACAAGUCAUUUAUAUCGCCACCAGAGAAUUCAUUUAGAUUAAAAUUCCUUCACGUGUACUGUGUGUGGGAGGUAUUUUUCCCAAAAGGUACUUUAAAUAGGCAUCAGAGAAUUCAUAUAAUUGAAAAGCCCUCCAAUUGUUCUCAUGGUGGCAAGUGUUUUUCUUCAAUAUCUAAUUUAAAUACCUACCGUAGAAUUCAUACAGGUGAAAAACCAUAUCAAUGUAUUCAGUGUGGGAAGUAUUUUUCCCCAAUGAAGAACCUUAAAUGUACACAAGAUGAUUCAUACAGGCGAAAAGCCCUACAAAUGUGUUCUGUGUGGGAAGUGUUUAAUACAAAAUCUUAUUUACAAACACACCUGAGAAUUCAUAGAGGUGAAAAGCCAUACAAAUGUUCUCUGUGUGGGAAGUACUUUUUAUGUGCAAGUCAUUUUCAUUGUCAUCAGUGAAUUCAUUCAGGUGAAAAGUCCUAGCUUGUAGAAGGUGUUUUUCUACAAAAUCUACUUUAAACUUAAACCUGUGAAUUAUUACAGGUGAAAAGUUUUUCAUAUGUAAGUAAUGUUUACAUAAAAAAUAUCAUUUUAAUGACCAAAAAAGAAAUACAGGUGAGCAACCUAACAAGUGUACUAUUGUAGUGUUUCAUGAAAGCAUCCUUUUCAUGAUGCAUUCUGUGUGGGAAGUGUUUCAAAUUUAAAAGAAAGACAAUGCAUACAAAAUAUUAUUUUUAGACAAACCACUGUUAUGGUUUCCUGUGUGUUGGGUGUUUAUUUUGAGUUAAAGCAGUUUAUGAAAGGUGGUAAGCAGACCAUUUUAUAGUGUUUGUGAUGGUGCAGUUUAUAGUUGUUUUUGAUAUUCCUUGCUGAUCGUAUUUUGUACAGAUGUCUGAAAAACAGCAGAAUAACUGGGACAAACUGAGCUGCCUUUUCCCUUUUGUUACAAGUGUUUGUGAAUGUUUUUUUUCUAAAGAGUGUCAUUUUAAUUCCUUGUAAAUGUAAAAUGUAAAAACUGGUUGCAUGUACUGUAUAAAGAAACAUGAUGGUG